AAAAGAGAGAACAAAAGUGGAGAUACUUUUGAAGAAAUUAGUGAAAUUGUAUAAUAGUGAUUUCAUGUGUAUUUAAAAAAAAAGUUUCCAACCAAUUGAUAGUUGGACGAUUUUAUGCAACAGAGAGCUUCGAAAUAAAUUAAAAGAAAAAGUGACAUAGUAAUCAUGCCGGUCAUUGUUGUUAAUGAUGAAAACACUCGUCGCAGUAAGGCGACACGAGCCCAGCGCGAAAUCUUUUCCAUUGAACAAACGCAUCAGGAGGUUAGAUGUAACCUUUGGUUUUAUAAACACAUCCGCGGUGCAUUUGAUCUAGAAACUCUAGGAAAUGCAAUCAAACGUCUUACUUCGAGAGUUCCAUUGUUGCAGACACGGUUCGUCUAUUCAGAUGGAGAGCUAUGGCAGAUUUAUGACAAGAGCAUUCAACACAAUUUAAAAACAAUUGAUGUCCGCACCCAUUCUACGCCAUUUGAAGAGGCGUUGCGAAAAAUGAAGAAAGCUGUGAAUCAAUCGGGCGGCAUGACCGACGAUCAUCUCUGCGAGUUUACGGUCUACAGCAUCGAUGAUACUAAUUACAUACUGUAUGCGCGAUUUCAUCACAGCAUCAUCGAUAUCAGGUCAUGGGCAAAGUUUGAAUCCCUGCUUGCUGUCGUUUACAAUGAUUUGAAGAAUGGUAAUAAAAUCACGGUGCAGCCUAAGUUACACUUUGGUGCACUCUCACACGCUGACACUAUUUAUCAAGCUUCAGACGAGUACGAAAAGGACGAGACAUUCUGGCGGGCUUAUGUUCAGCCAUUGAAGCGCUUUGCUUACACUCAACGAUGUAUCAACUCUGCAGGAAAGAAGACCACUCAUCGUCAUAAAAUGCCGUUAAGUAUCGGCGAACGUCGAAAAUUGCAAAAGGUAGCUGCGGCAAUGAAUAUUCCGGAAUCAUUUCUUUACGUUGGCGUUUCAGCCUUACUGCUCCGAAGCAUUCUUGGGCGAGAGCACGUGAGUCUCAGUCUACCAGUGAAUGGAACGGAUUUGACUAAUGAGCUAGGCAUGACAUUCAACGUCGUGCCAUUGCUGUUGCAUAUCCCUGAGGAUGCUACGAUACACGAAGCCUUACUUCGAAUCGCUCAAGAAACCAAAUCAAUCCUGAAACAUCAGCGUUACCGAAUCGAGGACAUUUUGAAGUUCGCCAACUAUAGCUCAAACGCUAGUUUUGGUCCUCAUGUAAAUAUAAUGUGCAGUAAUCAUGGGGAGAAGCUUUCAGGCUGUAGCUGUUCAUCCCAUUUCGGUGGAAACACUGAUAUCAAUGACUUGCAAAUAACAUUCUGGGCAGAUCGCCCAAACGGUCGACUUGACAUUCUGCUCGAAGAUAUUCACGAAGGACAUUCAGAACAACAACUCGCCACCUUAAGUGAACACAUGUCUUUCAUUCUAGACCAGGUUUUGUAUGCGACCAACAGUACAGUUUCCACACUUGAUGAACAAUGUGGCGAUGUCACAACCGUCGAGCUGAGCGAGAGUUUUUAUGCUAAUCGACGCAAGCCGAUUGCAGCAGGCUUUUUGCAGUGGAGUCAAUCCUGCGAUGUCCUUAUUCGUCACGUGUAUUCCAAUACGUGGGUGGGAAGCGGAGACAGUCCUUUUGCAGCAACAAAGGUGCUUCUUAGCGACCGGGCUGUGAGUAUUAGUAAAUUGGAACGCGUAGUGGAUUCUGUGUGCAAAAAAGCACCUGGAACAGUGUUGACAAUCGAAGAAAGUGCUUGGCAUGUGGCUGCUGCUGACGGAGUCGUAAAAAUGAGUCAUUUUCUGGACGAAUUUGGCCAAACUAUCUCGGCUCGAACCCUUGCUAAUCAAUGCCAUAUCAUCGAAGGUGGACAGCUUCCAAUUGUCAAACCAGAGCAGAUUGAAUGGUUCGGCGAGGCACAUACCCAAGCCAUGAUGGCACAUCCACCUGCUCGCUGUCUUCAUCAGUUAUUCGAAGCGCAGGUGGAACACGAUGGACAGGCAAUUGCCGUUGAGUGUGAAGGACGUACUUUGAGCUACACAGAACUCAAUGCCCAAGCAAAUCAAUUGGCACAUUACUUGGUUGCACGAGGCGUCAAACCAGAUGAUCGCAUCGCACUUUGCGUUGACCGCAGCACCACAAUGAUCGUAGCAAUGCUGGGCAUUAUGAAAGCAGGUGGUGCAUAUGUACCACUCGAUCCAGCUUAUCCAAGUCAACGACUGAACCAUAUUCUACAGGAUGCUAAUCCUAUAUUUCUGUUGGCCGAUGCUACUGGUCGGAUCGCCUUGGGGGACCAUCAAGUACCAGUAGUAGAUAUACAAGAUCAGGCGUUAUUUGCUAGCCUUCCAGCUGAUAAUCCAGAUUCAACGAAGCUUGGACUCAUUUCAAGUCAUCUAGCCUAUGUGAUUUACACAUCAGGAUCGACCGGAACACCAAAAGGAGUGAUGAUUGAACAUCGGUCGUUGUUCAGUCUUGUCCAAACCAUACCACGAUUCGAAGUGAGUCCUAACAGUCGUGUCCUUCAGUUCGCUUCCUGCUCUUUCGACAACAGUAUCUGGGAAAUCGUUUUAGCUCUAACGACUGGAGCCAGAUUGUGUAUGCCGAAUGUCGAAGAGAGACUCACAGACACCGCUCUGCUUAAGUACAUAAAAGCUAAAGGAAUUACUCAUGCAGAUUUGGGCCCAUCUCUUUUCCGCAACACGAAAAACCUAAGCGAUUUAAAUGGCAUGAAAGUAUUGAUUUUAGGUAGCGAAGCCCCGAAUUUAUCUUUAAUAUCAGCCGCUAGUCGCCAAACUGUGGUUUAUAAUUUAUAUGGCCUGACUGAAACAACUGUCAACGCAACAUUUUGGUUAUGUCCCAAAGAUUUCGACGGUGACUCAGUACCAAUGGGCCGCCCGCUUCCAUCCCAUUGUCGUACAUAUGUGCUAGACUCAAAUGGUGAACCAGUGCAACCAGGAGUCGAGGGAGAAUUGUAUAUUGGUGGUGCUGGUUUGGCUCGUGGCUACCUAAACCGUCCUGAACUUACAGCAGAACGUUUUCUACCUGAUCCAUUCAGUGUCCAAUCAGAAGCACGAAUGUACCGUACUGGUGAUCGAGCACGAUAUUUGCCUGAUGGCAAUUUGGUAUAUAUGGGACGUAUUGAUCAGCAAGUGAAAAUCCGUGGAUUCCGAAUUGAGCUCGGUGAAAUUGAAGCCCAUCUAGUCGAACAUCCUCAAGUGCAUGCAGCAGUGGUACAACCUUACGGCAAUGGAUCAGAGGCACGUCUAGUAGCUUAUGUGGUGACCGAAACAGAUACAUCAUUAGCUCAAGAUUUGCGUAGCUAUCUAUCGACCCUACUGCCUGAUUAUAUGGUACCAGUGGCUUAUGUGUGUCUACAGUCCUUACCGCUCACACCCAAUGGCAAGCUAGACCGACGAGCAUUGCCGGCUCCGGAUGAAGAGUCAUUUGCUCGUGAGAAAUAUGAAGCGCCACAGGGUGAAAUGGAAGAAAAAAUGGCCAAUAUCUGGCGUGAACUGCUUGGCAUUGAGCGUAUUAGCCGAUAUGACAAUUUCUUCGCUUUGGGAGGCCAUUCGUUGUUGAUCGUACGGCUUUUGGCAGAAUUGAGACGAAUUGGACUAGACACCACCGUAAGAGAAGUGUUCAAUGCUCCCACUCUGUCAAAGCUGGCAUCGACAAUCAUCCGUUACCAUGCACUGACAAUUCCACCCAAUCUGAUUACCACAGACAGCAUGAAGAUUACUCCAGAAAUGUUGCCACUUAUAAAUCUUACGCAGGCAGAGAUUGAUACAAUCGUUGCACAGGUACCUGGCGGUGUGGCCAAUAUUAAAGAUAUUUAUGGAUUGGCACCAUUACAAAACGGUAUGUUGUUCCAUCAUAUGAAAGCUGAACGUGGUGACCCGUACCUAGUGAUAAGCCGUAUGGUGUUCACUGACAAGACAGCACUUAUACGUUACGCGGCCGCCUUGCAACAGGUAAUUGAGAGGCACGAUAUCCUUCGCACGGCCUUCAUUUGGAAAGGUCUUAACGAACCGGCACAGGUCGUUUUACGCCAAGUUCCUUCGUUACUCACUGAGGUAACUAUGGAUGAUACCAGUGACACGGUACUAGAACAAUUAAGCCACCGCUUUGAUCCACGUCACUACCGGUUGGAUCUAACAAAGGCACCGUUAUUGCGUUUGAUUGCUGCUCCAACAUCUGAGGGGAGCUGGGUGGUGCUGCAACUGUUGCACCAUACAAUUGCUGAUCAUUCAACAGAUGAUAUACUAGCGGAAGAAAUUCAUGCGAUCUUCGAUGGACAAAUUGAAAAAUUGCCAACACCUACGUCAUUCCGUCAUGUUGUAGCCCAGGCGCGACUAGGAGCUAGUCCAGUUGAGUAUAAACGAUUCUUUAAUCAAAUGCUCGGUGAUAUUAACGAGCCAACUUUACCAUUUGGUUUAAGUGACGUUGGGCUUGACGGAACUAUGAUUAAUGAGGCACAUCUAAUGCUACCACAGACACUCAAUGAUCAGCUACGAGCUAUUGCACGCAAGCUUCAGGUCAAUUUGGCCAGUAUUUGUCACUUGGCUUGGGCACAAGUACUUGCUCUAGCCAGUGGUCGCGAGGCAAUAGUUUUUGGUACUGUGCUCAUCGGCCGUUUACAGACUGGAGAAGAGAAUAAUAAUAUCAUGGGACCGAUGAUCAAUACACUCCCAAUACGAAUAGAC